AUGAAGUCGCGCAAAAAACAUGGGUGGAUAGAGCCGCAUGCUUACUCCACAAGAUCGUUUUCACUAGAUGAGGGUAUAAUACAGCCUAUUACAACCAGCGGUACGACAAUCGAUGAUCCAGUCGCCAUCGGUCUGAUGUUGGCUGGUUCAGGAUUGAAUACCAAAGGAUCGCAUAAUAAAUCAGGUCCUUACAGUUCUAAAGCACGAAAUUUUUCCGCCAAUGACAUAGAAAGGUAUGAUAUAAAUUCUCAAAGCGCUAAUUCUUCUGGUGACGAAAACCCCCCUUCACCUGCCAUUGUUGAAGCGCGAUUCAAUGAACUUCUUCAGAAUAAGGCCUUUUUUUGGGGCAGUGCACGCAAAGGUCUACAGAAUCUUUCUAAUAGAAGAAAAUGGCAGCUUGUUUGCAAAGAACAAAAGCUAAGGUCACAUGCUGAUAGGAUCGAAACUCCUAGCUCUACGAUCGAGCUGUUUAACGCAAUGAAGAUGAAAUUGACUUCUCAGAAAGAUCUCUCUGCCCCACUGUACCAUUUAGAGAGAUUAUUGAGACAAAACGAGUUUUGCCAGGUAUUUUUAAAAAAUGAUGGAGUUGAGUUUUUAGCAAAGCUCUCUGAUAACAUUUCUGAUCAAACAAUAUAUGUAUUUCUGCGUUGCUUCAAAACGCUGAUGAACCACGAUGAAGGCCGAGCUGCCAUACUGAUAUGUGAUCGUUUAGUUUCAUAUUUAUGCUUCGCUUUGACAACUGAAGAAAUCAGUCUUCGUGUGCGCGUUUUGUCCACUGAAAUGUUACUUUUGCUCACUUAUGUUGACCAUGACGGCAGGAACGUGGUGGUAAAUCACAUGAGCAACUUCUACGGACAGUGGUUUUCGUUAGUUAGAUCAACCCUCUCUGACCCAGAAAAUGUUUCUACUCAAAAUGAAGUUAUUAUAAUACCAAAACCCCAACAAAUGCUUUGCGACUACUCUCUAACGACGUUAUUUCUCAUCAAUUCAAUUGUACAGGUCUCUGCGACGUUGAAAGAGAAGCGUGAAUUUAUUAAUACCUUCAAAGAGUAUGAUAUACACAAAAUGUUUCGCCAAAUGCAGCUCCAGGAUUUUCAACCGAUCCAAGAAGAAAUUGAAAAAUAUACUUCAAUUGAAGAUGAAUUACUAUCACAGUCUAAUUCAGAGUCGUCAGAUUUACUUGAUACAUCGUAUGGUUCAUACCUGAAGACGCUGUUUCUCGAAACACGAGAUACUCCUCUAGAAUUUUGUGUUAAUCAAGUAUUAGAAGCAAUAUUGAAAUUACUAACGAGCAGGACCUCUUCAGAAUCUCUAAAACUGCUCACGUUGAUCGUUUCAAUUUUGAAUUAUUUGAAGGAUUAUACGUUCGGAGAGGAAGGAGUUGAGAAGGAGGCAAUUCUGCAAAUAUCACUUAAUCAACUAAUGGAUAACUUGCAAUCCGAUGAAAUAGCCAAAAGAGCGAUGAAAGAGCUCAAUCGAUACCAGGCCGAAAUAGAAAAAAUGGAGCAAGAAAUAAAAAGCCUUAAUGAAGAUAAAAUGAUUACGAAGGGUGAUCUCCUUACAGAUUUAGAAAAUACGAAAAAAUCGCUAGAUUUUAAACAACAAGAAUGCGAUCACCUUCGUGAGAAAUUGAACGUUGCUACUGAUCAGCUUAAGAGUGAGAAAAAAAGAUUCGAACAAACCCUCGUACAUAUCAAUCACCGGCAGCCUAUGAGGGUUAGCUCUCUGUCAGUUUUCGAAAAUCUCAAAUCUCAAAGCGAUUUGUCAAGGUUGACCAAAUCAUCUGGCCCAAAGAGAGCCACUUCCCUCUCAAAAAGUAGACCCUUUACCUCUUUAGCAUCUGUCAUGAAAUCGAAUCAAUAUUCUAGGAAUGGACAUGAUCAAGUGAAACCGGAGAAUGUCAAUUACUCAACCACAAAUAACAGCAUACCAUUUAACAACUCUGAAGAAAACUUGUUAGAGUGUGGCUUUUCUAGAAGCUACAAAAGAUUCCAAGGAAAUAGUAGCGAUGGCUGUGUUCUUGCAUGCUCCUCAAACAAUUGCGUUUCAGAAUGCCAAACAAGCUUUUCCAAUGAAAUUGAGUUUAACACCAGUAAUAAUACGUCGUGCAAUGGGGAAAACCGGGAAUUGAGAAGCGGGUCGUCGGUAUUUCAUUCUUCACAUCCACGGCCAAUUGAAUUAUCAUCGAGCAGCAAUAAUAUCUCGUCAGAAAACGAAUCAACCUCACAUAUUUCACCCAGGAUUGCAAUCUUACCAAAUAAAACAGAUAAACCAAACCCAAGCUCAGAAAUGGGGUGUGAAAAGAUCGUAAAAUCAGACACUAUAACUGAGUCUGCUAAGGUAUGCUCCAACUCUCAGCAAUCCCGUUCACUUGCUGUUCUUUCUCCGCAUAUGGUUGUCCCACCGCCACUAGCUCCUGCCUUGCCAGACUUUAUGAUUUCGGCUUCGUUGCCUCCACCUCCAGCUCCUCCUCUACCUGCAACAACGGUUAUAGACCUAACUGUUAACGAAAACAAUGAGAUUGAUAGCAUAAAAGAUGAGCAAGAUAUUCUACACUUGGAUACACAAGAACGUGGAUCAUUUGCUUCUGACGUGCCUCCACCCCCUCCACCUCCGCCACCUCCUCCACCUCCUCCACUGCCCUCAAAUACACACCCUCAUCGCUUCACAAAGACAGAGCAAAAGCCUAGUAAUGGGGUUAUUCCGUUGAAACAAAUUCACUGGGACAAAAUAAACGACGUAAAAGAGACUUUCUGGAGUCAAGACGAAUGGCACGAAAAGAAAACUCGAGAACUUGAACAGCUGGGGAUUUUUGCUGAAAUCAAUGAGUUAUUUCAGGUAAAGCAAACGACUCUACUGAAAAACAGCAACAAACUUAAAAAUGAUAUGAAGUCCUUACACUUGCUUCCAACAGACUUAGCUCAGCAAUUUGGAAUUAAUCUGCAUAUGUUUUCAAACCUUGCUGUGGAAAGCCUCGUCCAGAAAGUUCUUCAUUGUGAUCGUGAUAUUAUAACAAAUCAAAGCAUAUUAGAAUUCUUCAAUAAAGAAGAUUUAACUAACAUUCCUCAUACUUUAGCAGUUAAAUUUCGACCUUACUCUACUGACUUCAUAAAUCGCAUAGGACCGGAAAAAGAUGUACAAGAAUUGGAGCGAUCGGAUAGAAUAUUCUUGGAGCUGUGCUAUAAUCUCAGAGGCUAUUGGUCUUCAAGAUCGGAAUGUCUGCUCACAUUGCUGACGUAUGAAAAGGAUUAUUAUGACAUCUUAUACAAACUUCAAAAGAUGGACGACGCUAUCAAAGUUAUCAGGAAUUCUAAUGAACUCAAAGAAGUGCUGUUCACAAUAGUUGAAAUCGGGAAUCAUAUGAACAAAAAGCCAACCUAUGGAAUAAAAUUGAGUUCUUUACAGAAACUAGCAUUUAUCAAAACCAAUAAAGAUAGCAACAUAUCGUUCUUGCAUGUGAUAGAGCGGAUCGUACGCACAAAAUAUGGAACGUUAUACACGUUCGUUCAAGAUCUUUCAAAAGUCGCAGAUCUAAGUAACCUAAUAGUGAGUCAGGUAGAACUCGAGUGCCAAGAAUACUUAUUGCGAAUCGAGUCUAUCAAUAAUUCGCUGAAGCAGGGACCGCUAUCCAAACCAAAGAUGCUUCAUCCCGAAGAUCAUUUAUUGCAAAAGAUAAAAGCCAAAGUUACAUUAGCAAAUCGCAAGGCAGAGCUUUUAAAAGACCAAUGUUUACUGACAACACGAGACCUUGAAAACCUGAUGAAAUUGUACGGUGAAGACCCAAGAAAUGCUGAUUCAAAAAAUGAAUUCUUCCUUUACUUCAUCGAGUUUCUAUCCCUGUUCAAAAAAGCUGCUAAAGAAAAUAUGGAAAAGGAAGAAAUGGAGCGGAUUUAUCAUCAAAGGCAGCAACUAAUAAAACAAAAGGUAUCCGACGAAGAUCAAUCAGAUGAUAAUAACAAGAACGGCGAAAGUGAUGCAGUUGACAUGUUGAUAGAGAGAUUGCGCAAUGUAAAAAAUGAAAAAGGUCAAGUGAAAAAGAACAAAUCAAGGUCCCCUCCAAAUAAUCUACUACUAUCGAGAACCCAGCGUAUGCUAACGAAUAUACAAAAUAUAUGA